AUGUUUGCCUCGACCGACUGCCUGGUCAUCGGCCAGCGCACAGCGGCCUCCCCGCAGUCGCGCGGCUCGUCCAGUCCAGAGGCCGAGCGGCGGGAGGCGCGACGGGCCAAGGUCAAGCCGAUCAGACUCAGCGGCUCCUACGCCAAGCUGCACCUCCUCGACAGCGCCGGGUCGCCGCCUGAUACGGCCAAGCAGCAGAUGGAGGAGAGUGCGGACCUGCUGCCCAAGCAGGUGACGGAGCACCGGCGCAAGCACUCGCUGGGCAAGAUCCUCAGCCUGCCGUUCCGCCGUGCCACACUCCCCGGCCCGUGGAUCGCGCCGACCGCCACUACCACCACCCCUACGUCAUCUCCACCUCUUUCUUCGUCUCCGACCAUCACCACCACCAGCAGCAACAACAAGGCGACCACUUUACCAUCAACAUCCACAUCCACCUCGCCGCCGGAGGCCUCCAUGACAUCGACGUCGCUGCUGUCGCCUCGAGCCGCCGUGCGACCGGCGCCGGCGACUCUGGGCUUCUCCCUCUCGUCGCGCAAGAAGCGGGCCAUGUCCCUGCGGCCCCAGUCGGUGGGGCUGUUCCAGGAGAUGGUCCAGGAGGCGGGCAUCAUGGGCGACGGGUACCGAGCGCUCAAGGAGAUGGAGGACUGCGAGUCGCCUACAUCCGGUUCGUCUUCGGGCGAACUGGACGGAUCGGGCGAGCAGCAGCUCUUCUCCUCCAGCGGCUUCAGAAGCCGCAGCAAGAGCGGGUCGGGGUCGUCCUUGACCACCUCGUCCGGGGGCGGGACGGUGCGAUCCUUCACCAGGGCCAUGAAGACCAGCCUGCCCGAUCUCGCCUUUGGCAAGAGGGGGACUUGA